GCAGCUGCAUGCAGGUAUCGAGGAUCUGGUGAGAGACGAUGGCCAAGAAUAAAUUAAGAGGGCAGAAAUCCAGGAAUGUAUUUCACAUAGCCAGCCAAAAAAACUUUAAGGCUAAAAACGAAGCAAAACCAAUUACUACUAACCUUAAGAAGAUAAACAUUGUGAAUGAUGAAAAGGUUAGCCGAGUGAAUAAAGCUUUUGUGAACAUACAGAAGGAACUUGCACACUUCUUAAAAGGCCUUUCUCUGGAACCUCUGCAGAAAGAACUGAGUUCUCAGCAUCAUGAAGAUGAACCAGUUAAUGUUGAUGAAGUUACAAGAUUGAUGGCUCAGUUGUAA